AUGGCCCAGACGCAGCCUACCUUCAACGAUGUCUUCGAGGAUGGCGACGUCGAGGAGGUCCCCAAGGACCCCCAGACCAUCCACCACAUCCGCGCCAACUCAAGCAUCAUGCACCUGAAGAAGAUUCUGGUCGCCAACCGUGGUGAAAUCCCCAUUCGUAUCUUCAGAACUGCCCACGAACUCUCAUUGCACACCAUCGCUGUCUUCAGUUAUGAGGACCGUCUCUCCAUGCACAGACAAAAGGCCGAUGAGGCAUACGUCAUUGGCAAGCGAGGCCAAUACACCCCGGUCGGUGCUUAUCUAGCUGGAGACGAGAUCAUCAAGAUUGCCGUCGAGCACGGCGCCCAAAUGAUUCACCCAGGCUACGGCUUCCUCUCAGAAAACGCCGAGUUUGCGCGCAACGUUGAGAAGGCCGGUCUGAUUUUCGUCGGACCUACUGCCGAUGUCAUUGACUCGCUAGGCGAUAAGGUCUCCGCCCGAAAGCUCGCUAUCGCUGCCGAUGUCCCCGUCGUCCCCGGUACCGAAGGCGCUGUUGCCACCUUCGAGGAGGUCAAGAGCUUCACCGAUCAAUAUGGUUUCCCCAUCAUCAUCAAGGCCGCCUAUGGCGGUGGUGGUCGUGGUAUGCGUGUCGUGCGCGAGCAGGAGAGCUUGAAGGAGUCUUUCGAGAGAGCCACCUCCGAGGCCAAGUCUGCCUUCGGCAACGGAACCGUCUUCGUCGAGCGAUUCCUGGACAAGCCCAAGCACAUUGAGGUCCAGCUUCUUGGUGACAACCACGGUAACAUCGUGCACCUGUACGAGCGUGACUGCUCAGUCCAGCGCCGCCACCAGAAGGUCGUUGAAAUUGCACCGGCAAAGGACCUUCCCCAGGAGACUCGCGAUGCCAUUCUCGCCGACGCCGUCAAGCUGGCCAAGUCCGUCAACUACCGCAACGCCGGUACCGCCGAGUUCCUGGUCGACCAGCAGAACAGAUACUACUUUAUCGAGAUCAACCCCCGUAUCCAGGUCGAGCACACCAUCACCGAGGAGAUCACGGGUAUCGACAUUGUGGCCGCUCAGAUCCAGAUUGCCGCUGGUGCUACCCUGCAGCAGCUUGGCCUGACUCAGGACCGCAUUUCCACCAGAGGCUUCGCCAUUCAGUGCAGAAUCACCACUGAGGACCCCGCCAAGGGCUUCUCGCCUGACACUGGCAAGAUUGAAGUCUACCGUUCUGCCGGCGGUAACGGUGUCCGCCUCGACGGUGGUAACGGUUUCGCCGGUGCCGUCAUCACCCCCUACUACGACUCCAUGUUGGUCAAGUGCACUUGCCACGGCUCAACAUAUGAGAUUGCCCGGAGAAAGAUCCUCCGUGCAUUGGUUGAGUUCCGUAUCCGCGGUGUCAAGACCAACAUUCCUUUCCUUGCCUCUCUGCUCACCCACCCCACAUUCAUCGACGGCAACUGCUGGACGACCUUCAUCGAUGACACUCCUCAGCUGUUCGACCUCAUUGGCAGCCAGAACCGUGCCCAGAAGCUGCUCGCAUACCUUGGUGACGUUGCUGUCAACGGCAGCAGUAUUAAGGGUCAGAUCGGUGAGCCCAAGUUCAAGGGCGACAUUAUCCUGCCCGAACUCCUCAACGAGGACGGUAGCAAGGUCGAUGUCUCUCAGACCUGCAAGAAGGGCUGGAGGCAAAUUAUUACCGAAGAAGGCCCCAAGGCAUUCGCCAAGGCCGUUCGCGACUACAAGGGCACGCUGCUCAUGGACACAACUUGGCGUGAUGCUCACCAGUCGCUGCUGGCUACCCGUGUGCGAACUGUUGAUCUUCUGAACAUUGCCAAGGAGACUAGCCACGCCCUGUCCAACCUGUACAGUCUGGAGUGCUGGGGAGGUGCCACUUUCGAUGUCGCCUACCGCUUCCUCUACGAGGACCCUUGGGACCGUCUGCGUCGCAUGAGAAAGGCUGUCCCCAACAUUCCUUUCCAGAUGUUGCUUCGUGGCGCGAACGGUGUUGCCUAUUCUUCCCUUCCCGACAACGCCAUCGACCACUUCGUCGAGCAGGCUAAGAAGAACGGUGUUGAUAUCUUCCGUGUUUUCGACGCCCUGAACGACAUUGACCAGCUCGAGGUCGGUAUCAAGGCCGUCCACAAGGCCGGUGGUGUUGUUGAGGGUACCGUGUGCAUUUCCGGUGAUCUCUUGAACCCCAAGAAGAAGUACAACCUCGAGUACUACCUCAACCUGGUUGAGAAGCUCGUCGCCCUUGAUAUUCACGUUCUCGGAAUCAAGGACAUGGCUGGUGUACUGAAGCCCAGAGCUGCAGAGCUUUUGGUCGGCUCGAUCCGCAAGAAGUACCCCGACCUCCCCAUCCACGUCCACACCCACGACUCUGCUGGUACGGGUGUGGCCUCCAUGGUCGCUUGCGCCAAGGCUGGUGCCGACGCUGUCGAUGCCGCCACUGACAGCUUGUCUGGCAUGACUUCUCAGCCUAGCAUCAACGCUAUCAUUGCCUCUCUCGAGGGCAGUGAGUUCGAGACUGGUCUGAACCCCGCCCACGUUCGCGCUCUGGACUCGUACUGGUCUCAGCUGCGUCUGCUCUACUCUCCGUUCGAGGCUCACCUCGCUGGCCCCGACCCUGAGGUCUACGAGCACGAGAUUCCUGGUGGUCAGCUCACCAACAUGAUGUUCCAGGCAUCUCAGCUGGGUCUCGGAACUCAGUGGGCCGAAACCAAGAAGGCGUACGAGCACGCCAACGAUCUUCUCGGUGACAUCGUCAAGGUCACGCCCACUUCCAAGGUCGUUGGUGACCUCGCUCAGUUCAUGGUCUCCAACAAGCUUUCUCCCGAGGACGUCAAAGCCCGCGCUUCCGAGUUGGAUUUCCCCGGCUCCGUCUUGGAGUUCCUGGAGGGUUUGAUGGGCCAGCCGUACGGCGGAUUCCCUGAGCCUCUCCGUUCCGACGCUCUCCGCGGCCGCAGGAAGCUCGACAAGCGCCCUGGUCUGUUCCUGGACCCCGUCGACUUCGCCAAGGUCAAGCGCGAUCUGCACAAGAAGUUCGGCGGCCCCGUCACUGAGUGCGACGUUGCCGCGUACGUCAUGUACCCCAAGGUCUUUGAGGACUACAAGAAGUUCAUCCAGAAGUAUGGCGACCUUUCGGUUCUGCCGACCAAGUACUUCCUGUCUCGUCCCGAGAUUGGCGAGGAGUUCCACGUCGAGCUCGAGAAGGGCAAGGUCCUCAUUCUCAAGCUUCUUGCCAUCGGCCCUCUCAGCGAGAACACUGGCCAGCGCGAGGUCUUCUACGAGAUGAACGGCGAGGUCAGACAAGUCACCGUCGACGAUAACAAGGCCUCCGUCGAGAACGUCAGCCGACCCAAGGCCGACCCCUCCGACUCCAGCCAGGUCGGCGCCCCCAUGGCCGGUGUUCUUGUCGAGCUCCGUGUCAAGGACGGCUCCGAUGUCAAGAAGGGCGACCCCAUUGCUGUUCUCAGCGCCAUGAAGAUGGAAAUGGUCAUCUCCGCGCCGCACAACGGCAAGGUGUCUACCCUCCAGGUCAAGGAAGGCGACUCUGUCGACGGUUCCGACUUGGUUUGCAGGAUUGUCAAGGCUUAA